AUGUCAUCCAAUCAACAACAAAAUGCCAAUCAAAAUCAACAAAAUCAAAAUCAAAAUCAACAAAACCAAAACCAAAAUCAACAAAACCAAAAUCAAAAUCAAAAUGCUGCACAACAAUUAGGAGGUGCUGGUUCAAAUCAAGCUGCACAAAAUUCUAAUCGUGCUGGACAACAACAACAAAAUCAACAAAAUCAACAAAACCCACAACAACAAAAUCAACAACAAAAUCAACAAGGUGCUGCUGGCAACAACCAACAACGUCAAUAA